ACCGAAUGACUAACUCAAAUAAGCAACAGUAAUUUUUUCAAUAGUUUAGAAAUCCUAUUUACUUUUUGUGCACUUUACUUUCUGUGAUGUGUAAAUAUUUUCUCAUGAAUUUUUAUAGAACGUAAUCGUCGAUAUGUUUAACUUGAGAAAUAGUUCUGUCAACUUUGAAAUAAUGUUUCUUGUGGGAUUAAAGAUACUCGUCCUUCUUCUUCUUCCGAAGAUCGCAAGAUCGCAAGAUCUUCCUAUCAGCGAAGAACAGAUUCCUUUUAUCAUAGAUAUUUGCAAAUUAUAUGGAUCGAAAUCCGCAAUUUUCUUAUACUCUGAAUCGAUAAAUGAAAUGGAAAUGACAACAAUGAUGUUUAAAUGGAGGCGUGCAUUAUCUCGCGAAGGUGUUGCGAGCACGAACUUGUACUUUUCACAAUUGCACAAAUCGUCGUACUACAUAAAACAAAUUGUACGACCGUAUUAUAUAGUGGUGAUUUCUAAUUACAGUGUGAUUAAUGAGUUUUCUUUAGCAACAAGUACCUUUAACAUGUCAUCAGCUAUGUGGCUAGUGAUAUUCAUUUACAAGGAAAAUGGUUCCGGUUACUGUCAGAAUCCACCAGGUAAUAUAUUUCAUUUAAGAUUCAAUUCCGAAAUGAUGGUCCGUUGUGGUACGGAAAAUAUUUUACGAGAAUGGUAUUCGAUCGAUAUGAAUCGAACCGAGAUCGAUGAUGUAGCUACGUGGAGCUUAGAGAAAGGAAUCACUAAUAUAGUUCCAGAUUCUCUUCAUGAAAGAAGAUAUAAUUUAAAGGGUUUGAUCAUGAGAGCUGUUAUAAUUAAGGAUUCAUCAUUUAUAACUGUAAAAAAGGACGGUGAAUUAGGCGGUACGUUUGGUGAAUUACUAAAAGAACUUUGUACCAUACUUAAUUUUAGUUUCGAUGUUGUCUUGGAAUCAGAAGAAUUUGGAAGUUGGAAUCCAGAAAAAAAGACUUGGUCUGGAGCAAUUGCAGAAUUACAUGCAGGACGUGCUGACAUUUCUCUUUCAGGUUUUUCUGUUACCAAUGCCAGAUUGAAUGUUGUUGACUUCACGGUUCCUUUUUUGAAUAUCAAAAACUUUCUUGUUAUUCGAGAACCUGAAAAAUACGGGAUUAAAUGGUCAUCUCACUUUUUAACUUUCAAUAAUUCUGUUUGGAUUGCUAUCAUUGCAGUAUUAAUAACUUCAUCGAUCUUAUUGAUUUUUCUCAAAGUAAAUAAUGGAAGUGAUCGUAAAAUAGGAUAUUUAUUCAUCGAUAAUUUUCUGGAAAUUUGGAGUAUAUUUUGUCAACAGGGAUUGGCAGAUUUUUCUGGUAGAUCUUCUUUAAGAAUAGCAUACUUCUCUGUAUUUAUUUUGGUUACCGUCUUAUCGGCCGCCUAUUCAGCAGGUUUAAUAAGCUUUUUAACGUCUACUAUUCACGUCUUACCCUUUCAUUCAUUAGAGAGCUUCGUUCAAGACGGUACUUAUCAACUUGCCGUCGUUCGUGGUACGGCUUAUUAUGAUAAGUUUGCAAAUUCAGGAGAUCCACUCGCAAAGAAAUUGAUGAAGUUGAUGUUAGAAGACAGAAAGUUGCCCCUUACUGAGCAGGAAGGAUAUAAGAAAAUUUGUAAAAAUCGGAAAUUAGCAUUCUACACAGUUGAUAAAGAUGUUAUAGCAAAUUUGAAAAUACCAUGCAAUGUGGUUCAUAUUGCUACGGGACAUGUAAACAAUAUUGCUAUGAUUUUAUCUAAGCAUAAUCCAUUCACCGAUGUCAUCAAUUUUCAUUUACAGAAAUAUGUUUACAAUGGUAUGAUGAACCGUUUGAAACAGAAGACAAUUAAAAAAAAAUCCAAUAAUAUGAUCAAACAUCAACCAGUUCCCCUAAUCAGCGUAAUAUUACUUCUUAUCUUCAUCCUUAUUGGUAUUGUUUUGAGUAUAUGUAUUCUGGUUAUAGAAAAGCUUAUUUUUGCUCGUACAAAAAAGAAAAUAUUGAAGGUACAUUAUAUUCCGUCCAUUAAAUCGUUAGGAUUUUACGUAAAAAGGAAGAAAAGUUUAAGAAAUAUCACAAAGUAUUACACAAAUCGUAUAUAUGUACGCGAAAAUUAUUAAUGACAACGCAGAUGUUCGUUUUCGAUGAUUAUUAUUUUCUAAUAAAAAAGAAAUAUGCGUACGCUAUCUUAUCUUCUGCAUUAUUUAGUACAGCUUUAAAUCACAAUUGAAUUUUUUUAUUGUAUGAUAC